AUGCAGGCCGCCGGUCUGGAUGUGUGCGGGAACGUCGUGGGCCGAGGAGCGAACGAGAGGAGCGGCGUUGGGGUGAACCAGCACCAGCACCAGCACAGAGAGAUGGUCGCGACCAGAACCGACGGUGAAAACAACCCAGCGGGACACAACCCACCCAAAAUCAUGGCCGUGUCAGGAAAACUGGAGCAGGCAAUGCAGAGAGACUCCGGCCUUGUUCGUCCCUCCGCCUUCAAACCGGUGGUUCCGAAAAGUUUUCACUCCAUGCAGAACCUUGUGGGCCAGGCAGGCGGGGCUGGCAGCGAGGGCAAAAGCGAGGUGAGGGGCGAAGGCUUCUGUGAGGGGAGAGGUGGCAGGAGAGGCAGGGACGGUGGAGGGGGAGAGUCAGGAGAAGUGCCGGAGGCCCUCCUCCUGGACCAGGAAAGCCCGGUGAGGGUCAGCAGAGGUGAGGGUGCGGGAAAUCCCAAUGAGGUGGUUCAGGGCGGAAUGUCCGACUCAGGCAGGAACUCUCUGACAAGCCUGCCCACCUACACGGGUUCGGGUUCUGGUUGUGGACCUCCAGCCGUACUGGGACCGCUAAGCGCUUCCACAAGCCACAUCAACAGGUUGGGCAUGGUUGGGGCGGCAGCGGGCUUGGACAAGAUGGAAAAGCCCGGCUACCAGAACGGGCUUUGUGCCUCAGACAGCGGUCGAUCUUCGUCAGGGAAGAGCUCCUCUUCCUGUCAGAGGCUGAGUCACAUGAGUGACGCACCGGGACCAUUACGGCCCUCCCCCUCCUCGGAUGACAUCAUCCAGGACCUGGAGGACCGCUUGUGGGAGAAAGAGCAAGAGGUGCAGCACAUGCGCCGCAACCUGGACCAAAGUGAAGCCGCCAUCAUUCAGGUGUUUGAGGAGAAGCAGCGCGUGUGGGAGCGCCAGAUGGACGAGCUGAGACAGAACUACGCCUCGCGCUUGCAACAGGUGACGCGGCGCGCACAGCGCUCGCAGACUGCUCUGCAGGCCCAGAUAACCCGUUUGUCCCAAGACAAGAGAAGACUCCAGGAGGAGAUGGCAGCCCUGCUUGCCCAACGAGAGGAACUGGAGAGAAAGUGUUUAGAUUACAGGAAGGAGCAGGCUGAUAUAUUGCCACGUCUGGAGGAGACCAAGUGGGAGGUGUGUCAGAAGGCCGGCGAGAUCUCCCUGCUGAAGCAGCAGCUGAGGGAAAGUCAAGCUGAGGUGACGCAGCGGGCCGGAGAGAUGGUGGCUCUGAGGGGCCAGCUCAAAGAGCUCAAUGCCCAGCUGAGGGAGCAGGAAGAGGCCAUGCUUGGACUGAAGGAGUCCUACAGCGCCAAGACUCUGGAACUGGAGAAGUGCGAGGCGGACCUGAGGAGGACUCUGUCAGAGGUGUCCAUCCUGCGAGAGAAGCUUGGUGUUUUCGAGGCAGAGGUGUUGAGUCUAAAACGAGCCCUGAAUGAAUUCAGCAGAGGGGCCGAGGUCGUCAUGAGCCCAAACUUAGCUGCCGCGGGACUUUUGCCACCCUGGGGAAUCGUCCACUGUCCGCGUACUCCCGGCGAUCAAUCGACCAACUCCCUACCCCCGACGGCCGACUCCCUGCUGAGUCUUCAGAGUGACGAAGCCAAAGCCCAGAGGCAGGAGGCUCAGAGGCAGCAACGCGAGGAAGCGCAGUGGCAACAGCACCAGCGUCAGGACGCCCACACGCAGCAGGACAUGCAGAUGCGGCCGGACGCUCACCUGCGCCACGAAGCUCAACUCCGCCAGGACGCACACCUCCGCCGCGAGGCCCAGUUGCGCCACGAGGCCCAGCUGUGUCAGGAGGCCCAGCAGCAACGGCAGCAGGACGCUCACUGGGACGAGUCGGGCGAGCUGCGCAGACAGCUGGAGCAGCUGCAUGCCGCCCUGCGCCUCGAGAGGCAGCAACGCGAGCGCCAGGCUCUCAACUUUGACCAAGAGCGGCACACCUGGCAGGACGAGAAAGAGCGGGUACUGAAAUACCAAGCCCAGUUGCAGCUGAGCUACGUAGAGACCCUGCAGAAGAACCAGGCUUUGGAGAAACGGAUGAGCCAACUGGGAAACAAACCCAGCACCGCGUGCACCGUCCCCACAACCACUGUCACCAACACCUCCCCUUCCUCCUCCUCCAGUUCGCCACCUCCACAAUCGCUCUCAGCUCUGUCUCCUCAACCGCCAUCCUCGCUCCCCGGCCCCGUCACCCUCACCCUGUCCCCGCCCUGUGAAGACCAGAAGGGCCCGCCUUCCCUCCACCAGCUCGCCCCUCCUUGGGCAGGACCUUCACGCCUGGAGAGGAUAGAGUCCACUGAAAUUUAAGAAAAACAAAUGUAGGAAAAUGCCCAGUCAAAACACUGACGCAACACAUGCAUCACAUCGUAUUGUAAGAGCAUUUCAGCUGACCACAUAUACAUAAAAACGCAAAAGAUUUGAAGGUGCGAGCAGGUGAUUAAAAUGGGAAGUACAUCCAUUUUCGAGGCAGCCUUUCGCUCACAAGUUGCACAGCACUUCCUGCAUUAUCAGAAU